GCUUGUGGAGUGAGAGGCUUUGCCAGUUUGAAGGUGGCUGGUUUGCAGUUCCCCCUUUCCUGAAGUUGUAGUUUAGCCUGCAAGUCACCAGGGGAGUUUUUAUUUUGUUUUGCCUGCCAGUGGUUAAGAGUUAGCUACUCCACCCCCCUUACUCAACUUAAAAUUCGGUUAACCCCCACCCCAGUUAAAGGGCCACCAUGAGACCUGGUCUGUCCAGCUCUUUCCAGUACUCGGGGAGUUCACUGAGUGGAUCAGGGGGCUCGAUCAGGAGGAGUAUGGUUGGGGGUAGGCAGGGGUUCUCCAGGUCCAGCUUCACAGGAUCAGGGCACAGUGGACUGGGUGGGGGAUUGGGUGGGGGAUCGGCAAUCUCAGUGGCUGUCGGACAGAGCAGUGUCGGAGGCUUAUCCUCAAUGUCAACGUCUGGUGGCUUCAUCGGCAAUGAAAAACAAGCCAUGAUAGACCUGAACAGCCGGCUGUCUAUCUACCUGCAGAAGGUCAGGGACCUGGAAGAGGCGAACACUAAGUUGGAACUGCAGCUUAAAGAGUUCCAAGGCGGGAAGGCUAUAACAGGCAUCGACUAUGAUGCUUAUGAUGCAGUGAUCAAGCCACUGAGAGAGCAGAUUUUGGCACUUCACCUUGGCAAUGCUCGCCUGGCUCUGGAUCUUGACAAUGCAGCUCUCGCAGCUAAAGACUUCAAAAAUAAAUUUGAAAACGAGCUCUACAUCAAGCAAUCUGUGGAAGCUGAUAUCACAGACCUGGGAGCAAUGAAAGAUGAGUAUAUACGUAAUUACAAGGAUUUGGAAAGUGAGAUAGCAGCCUCUAAGGACGAGCUUGCUUAUCUGAAGAAGAACCAUGAAGAGGAAUUGGCAGGACUGCGGCAGCAGGUGACUGGUACUGUCAGUGUGGCUGUUGAACCUGGGCCCACCAUUGACCUUGCAAAGCAACUGCAGACAAUGCGGGAUAAUUAUGAGAGUUUUAGCAAGAAAACCCAAGAAGAUCUUGAUAACUGGUACAAAUUACAGGUUGAAAGCCAGACUGUGCAGACUAUUCAGGUCAACGAGGCAGCAGCAGGCGCAAAACUCGAAGUUACGGAAUUACGCAAACAGCUUCAGCCCCUUGAGAUUGAGUACAACUCUCUGCUUAGUGGGAAUGCUUCCUUGGAAGCCUGCAUUCAAGAUAUCAAUGAUAAAUAUUACCAAAAGCUUCAAACUCUGCAAAUGACCAUUUCCAAAAUGGAGCUUGAUCUGACUAACAUAAGGAAUGAAAUGCAGCAGAAAGUUAAAGAUUACGAUGAUCUACUUAACGUAAAGAUGAAACUUGAGACCGAGAUUGCCAACUACAAGAAGCUCCUUGACGGAUCAACUAUUGGGUACAGUAGCUGCAUUGAAAUCCAGUUCAAAUAGGGGCACCACUUAUUC